AUGUCUUCCAAAGUUAGGGCACAGAAGGAGAAGCAAUCUUCGGAGCUUCAGCCGUUUCAGAUUCCGUCACUUCCCUAUGACAUCAUCGUGGAUGUCGUAGCACGUGUCCCUAGAUGUAAUUAUCCGACGAUCUCCCUUGUUUCCAAGAGUUUCCAGAAACUAGUUGCAUCGUCUGAGCUAUUCAUGAAACGAUCCUUGUUAGGCUGCACCGAACACAGCGUCUAUGCUGUCCUCUAUAGCUUUGCCACCGGUGAUUACCGUUUGUCUAUCCUUCGCCGGAAUGUCAACAAUACUCACUUGGUCAAUAUACGGUCGCUUCCUGACAGGGGAAGCUAUGUCGCGGUGAAUUCGAAGCUAUAUUGUGUAUUCGAUAAGAUUGCAUGGUGCAUGGACUGUAGAUCUCACACGGUGCGGUCCAUCUCCAACAUGCCUGAACGCAUGGAGAGAAAAGUGGCCGAAAUCAUCGAUGGGAAGAUUUACGUAAUCGGAGAUUGCUUGUGUGAUGAUGACGAGGUGAGUGGAAGUAGGUUCUCGAAGAGAGUCAUGGUGUUGGAUACAAAAACUCAAAUGUGGGAGCCUGAGAUUACAAAGCCUGACUUGAAGCUAGGCAGCUUGUGUCACGAUGUUGUGGUGAUGGAGGAUAAGAUUUACAUGAAAGAUUCGUUCAAUAGCUUUGUUUAUGUGCCAAAGGAAAAUAAAUGGGAACUGGACGAGAUGCUGAAUACUAAGAGAUGGGAAGGUGCGUGUGUCGUUGACGACGUAUUGUACUAUUACGAUGUUUACAAGGAUAUGUUAUUAAGGGCAUAUGAUCCAAAUAAUAGGUGUUGGAAAGUUGUGAAAGGUUUGGAAGCAUUGUUGCCAAAGGCGGCUGGUCCAUCGUAUUCCAAGACGGUUAGUUACGGUGGGAAGUUGGCUAUUUUCUUUUAUAAAUUAUAUGAUGGCAAGACGGCAAGGCUGAAAACAAAAGAGAUUUGGUGGGCGGAGAUUGCUUUGGAAAGACGGCAAGGAGGAGAGAUUUGGGGUAAGGUGCAAUGGUCUGAUGUUGUGACUUUUGAUGAUGAGAAUCUUUACAUGGUGAAUUUAUUAGCUGUUACGGUUUAA